AUGUCCUCGGUGGAAGAGCUAAGAGCCGAACUCGCCGCUUCACAGAAGGAUCUGCAAUUUUAUCAGAACAAGAUCAAAGAUGUCGUACAGGCCUACAAGAAUCUUGACAACGAGAAGAAAGCGCUCGAGAAGGUUGUUGCUGCGUUUAAAACAGAUGCCGAGGGACAAGAAGGAGCGGGUCCAGCUACAACCGCCGAUACGUUAAAAGUGGCUUUAGCGGAUCUGACAAGGGAGAAAAAAAAACGAGAACAAGCCUACAUUUCCGACAAGAAAGCACUCGUGGAAGAAGUCGAAAAGCAAAAAGCUCGAGCUGAGAAAAUGGCCGAACAAUUGGAAUCGGCAAACGAGCAACUGGGAAAAGCGGCCAAAAUCGUUGACAAAGUCAAGGAUCAAAAGAAGAUAAUCAAACAAAUCGAGGCCGAACGGGAUAAGGAAUUACAGGAUCACGGUUGCAUAUUGGCCGAAAUGCAGAAGCGCUUUGGUGAGGAGAAGACAAAGGCUGAUAAACUUAGCAAACAGGUAGCCGAACUUUACACGAAACUACAAACAAACGACGAUCUACCAAAUCAGCUCCGACAAAAGGAAAAUGAAUGGAAGGCCCAAGUAGACAAACUACAAUCAGAGAUUGAGGAGUGGAAGAAAAGGGCAGCCGUUACACCUACGCUACAACUUCUACAAAAUCAGAUGGAUAACUUGAGGAUUGAACACUCACAUGCGAUGGAGGAAGCGCUUUCAAAAGCUUCACAUGGAAAUGGAAAUUCGGCAGAAGAUGAAAAGCGGAGAUAUGAAUUGGAAAAUCGACUGGUUGCGUUGAGCGAACAAACAGUGAAUGCCGAAAAACGAUUUCAUGAAGUCGAAGAGCAAUACAAAGAAGCACAGGCAAAAGUGGAAGAAUUAGAAAAGAAGUUACAAACAUCCGAUGCUCGACCCCACGUUGAAGAUUUUCGUCCCGAAAGCCUUGAGAAGAAUUUGAGACAUUUGGUAGCACUUAUCAAGAAAGAACACAAGGAUAUGGAUGUUUUUGAAAUAGUUGGUGCCUCUCAAGAAGUUCAAACCUUGAAAUCCCGUUACGAUCGUCUUGAGAAUGACUUCGAGAAGCACAAACUGAAAGCUGAGGCUUUGUUGAGAGCAAAGAACGCCAGCAGAGAGAACGAGGCUGAUAAAGAGGAGUCGGCGAUGAGAGCCCUUGUGGGCCAACUUCAUGAAAAACUUCGAGGUAUUGAAGCUUCAGCGGCGACUGAUCGAGCGCAGUAUGAACAAGCGACUCGAGCCAUGAAAGAUCGAAUUGGUGAAUUGGAAAGCGGAGAAGAAAAACUACGAAGGGAGAUGCAAUCUGAAAUGGCCAAUAAAGUUGCUGAAAUGGAACACGAAAUGCAAAAGCAACGGAAUCGAACCUUCGACUUACUUGAGGAGAAAGAUCGUGAAUUAGAAAUUACAAGGGGCAUUCUCUUGGCUGUUCGAAGCGAGUCAUCGAAUCAUUCAAUUCACGCAUCAUCUUCAGCUCCAGCCGAUCCACCACAGAAAAGCCAUCUAGUGAAGAAAAGGAGCAAUGGAGAAUUGAGACAAGUGGAACGACGAAAAAGCUCUGGUUUUCGACAUCGAAGCACCGAUUCUAUAUCUAGCGCCAUUGAGUACUAUUCAGCAGAAAAUGCGACAACUCAGUUACCAUUGGCGAACGAGUCUCGAAACAUCUACUAUGAGGAGGAGAUGACAAAGAAAGAUUUGGAGAUCAGAGAACUAAGAUCUCAACUCAAUAACCUGGACUUUCGAAUGCGAGAAAUCGAGCAGAAUCAUUUGACGAAAGAUUUACAACAACAUGAGAUGGGAGAAAAGCUUAAAGAGGAAAUCCGGAUUCUUGAAGGUAAACUACAGUUGAUUUCUUCUGGCGGCGAGCUCGAGUACAUGAGAAAUAUUUUCGUUCAGUUUUUGCAAAGCAACAAUUCAGCCAGCAGGAAGAACAUCAUAAAGGCUAUUGGUAUGUGUUUAAAGUUGAGUGCGACUGAAAUGAAGGCGAUCGAUAAGAAAGCUUUC